CUAAAGCUGUUUUCAUGUCAGACUGGUGGUAUCACCUUUCUUGUCCAAUCAGUGGCAUUGACUGGCUGAGGAACGUAGUAAUCUGUGAGUGGCAAUCUCACCAUGGACCUGUGGAAUUCAUGCAUCAGCAUUAAAACUACUAACUUUUUUGAAAGACAAGUUGCAGGAGUAUCAUUUAUGGUCACCUCUGACGAUCUUUAGCUGGCCUAUUUUUGUGUUCUGCUCAGCUGCAAAGGAUAGCCUGUGAGUCACUAGGUUACUCAAACUCUCUGAAAAGAGUGACUCAAUCUGUGGCAAGAAAUAGGAAGAGCUUUUGUAGAUAGUUCACUUCUGUUUUCCCCUCUUUAUCUACGUUCCUCAGCCAGUCUCACGGUAAUAGCCAAGCUCACACCAGAAACUUCAGACACAUACGGAGUAGAGGUGUUAUGUCAAAUCGUUCAUGGCACGCGAGGCGUACACGUAUCAUCAACUUGCACUCGCUCUUCUCUUCACAGCAGUUUUCCGUGGGGAGUCAUGCAACCUGGAGGUCAAAGAGCCAAGCGAAGAAAUAAGGCAGAAGGAGCAAUCGACCUUCCAUAUUCCCUGUGAUGUCAGUGUAGCUCAGUGUCAUGACAAGGGAGCACUUCAGUUCACCUGGCACGUCUUCAGGAAGUCCUCAUCCGAGCAGUUGGACCUGGUCUCUGGCUCCUCUAAGUAUUCACUUCUAAAGGAGGGGACGCUGGCAGUGAAGUCCUUCCAAGUUGCCGACAGUGGGAUUUACCACUGUGGUGUGAGCAUUAGGGACCAUGUGGGAACAGGGGCCCAGGUCAUUGGAAACGGGACAGUAGUGGCAGCUACAGUGAUAAGUCAUCAGAUCCAGCAUGCUGUGAUAUGGUUGCUGUUUGUGGUGUUGGCAGUGUACAGUCUGAUAGUCCUUACUCUCCUCAUUCUCAAAAUGACGGGACGAGACGUACCAAUUCUAAGGGGAAAAUGUGGAAAGAAUAACGGCUCAAAGAAUAACUCCACCAGAAGACGGCAUUUCCGGGCUGUGUUGCAAGAGCUGUACAGCAACAGGAACUUACACAGCACUGCAAAAACCCCAACCCUUAGGCCAUCAGCAGACAGCCAGUUUGAGAACCCACACACCCCAACACAAGAUGAUAUCUAUCAAAACUUGUGACUCAAACCACCAAGAGGAGUACUGUGAGAUCAAAAUGCCCACAGUUGUCGCCUGACCAACCCCAGAAUGCAUGGAAGAACAAUGGCCAACCCUGCAGAAAUAUGAUUUCAUGCCCUAUUUAAAAUCUUCAAAUGAUGAGGCAGCAAUUCAUUCAGUAUACUUGUGACUGACCCUUUUGUUUGAGUGGUGUGUGUGUGUGUCACAACACUGACUUUCACCAAACGUUUGCUAUAAUUAUUAUAUACCUAUAACCUUGUUACAAUUAAUAAAUACUUUAUUAUUAUUAUU